CGUAGUAGUGAGAUUCAUACAAAUGUUUUGGUAGAGCGCGCUAGUAGACCGUUUCCCGGUAAAUUUGUAAAUAUUGUAGUUUUAUCAAGAUGGCAGCGAGCACAGAGGCCCCGGAGCCCUGGUACUUAGCCCUGCUGGGUUUCGCUGAACAUUUUCGCACGUCGAGUCCUCCAAAGAUCCGCUUGUGCGUUCACUGUCUGCAGGCGGUGUUUCAGUUCAAGCCGCCUCCGAGAGUCGAGGCCCGGACUCACCUGCAGCUGGGCUCGGUGCUGUACCGACACACUAAGAACAGCGAGCUGGCCCAGACUCACCUGGAGAAAGCGUGGUUCAUGUCACAACAAUAUCAGAUCUCUCAGUUUGAAGAUGUGAAGUUUGAAGCAGCAAGUAUCCUCUCAGAGUUCUACUGUCAACAGAACUUGGUGGACUCAGCUAAACCAGUCCUGAGAAAAGCCAUCCAGAUUUCACAGCAGACUCCGUACUGGCACUGCAGACUGCUUUUCCAGCUUGCACAACUCCAUGCGCUGGAGAAGGACCUGGUAUCUGCCUGUGAUCUCCUUGGAGUCGGGGCAGAGUAUGCAAGAGUUAUGGGCUCAGAAUACACCAGAGCUCUGUUUUUACUAAGUAAAGGAAUGCUGCUGCUAAUGGAGCGGAAGUUGAGUGAGGUGCAUCCUUUGCUGACCCUGUGUGGGACCAUUGUAGAAAACUGGCAGGGAAACCCCAUUCAGAAGGAGUCGCUUCGAGUUUUUUUCCUGGUGCUGCAGGUUACACACUACCUGGAUGCUGGACAGGUAAAGAGUGUGAAGCCUUGUCUUAAGCAGCUUCAACAGUGUAUCCAGACCAUCUCCACCCUCCAUGAUGAUGAGAUUCUUCCCAAUAAUCCAGCUGCUCUCUUCCACUGGCUGCCCAAAGAGCACAUGUGUGUGCUUGUGUACUUGGUGACGGUGAUGCACUCUAUGCAGGCGGGUUACUUAGAGAAGGCGCAGAAGUACACAGACAAAGCUCUCAUGCAGCUGGAGAAGCUAAAAAUGCUGGACAGCAGUCCCAUCUUGUCAACAUUUCAAGUCAUCCUGCUUGAACACAUCAUCAUGUGCCGGCUGGUCACUGGACACAAGGCCACGGCUUUACAAGAGAUUUCUCAGGUCUGUCAGCUUUGCCAGCAGUCUCCCCGACUGUUUACAAACCAUGCUGCCCAGCUUCACACACUACUGGGUCUCUACUGUAUCUCGGUGAACUGCAUGGAUAAUGCUGAGGCGCAGUUCACUGCUGCUCUACAGAUGACAACACACCAAGAGCUGUGGACAUUUAUAGUGACCAACCUGGCAAGCGUUUACAUCCGAGAAGGCAACAGACAUCAAGAGCUGUACAGCCUUCUAGAGAGGAUUAAUCCUGAUCACAACUUUCCUGUCAGCUCUCACUGUCUACGAGCAGCUGCAUUUUACAUUAGAGGACUCCUGUCUUUCUUCCAGGGACGAUACAGUGAGGCCAAGAGAUUUCUAAGGGAGACUCUGAAGAUGUCUAAUGCGGAGGAUCUAAACAGGCUGACCGCCUGCUCUUUAGUCCUGCUGGGCCACAUCUUCUUUGUCCUAGGAAACCACAGGGAAAGUAACAACAUGGUGGUUCCUGCCAUGCAGCUCGCCAGUAAAAUUCCUGACAUGUCUGUGCAGCUGUGGUCCUCCGCACUUCUUAAAGAUCUGAACAAAGCAUGUGGAAACACCAUGGAGGCCCACGAGGCUGCCCAGAUGCACCAGAACUUUUCCCAGCAGCUUCUGCAGGACCACAUCGCUGCCUGCAGCCUCCCUGAACACAACCUCAUCAGUUGGACAGACGGCCUUCCUCCUGUGCAGUCUCAGCCUCAGAAUGGACCUACAACCAGCCUUGCCAGCCUGCUCUGAGAACAAAAUCCUACCGAGAAGAGGAAAAAGAGGCAAAGAAGAGAAAAUUACAUUAAAGAUGAAGAGAAAAGAAGCAACUGAUUGGAGGGUAGGAUGAAGAAAAAGCAAUAUAGUGAAGCAUUUGGCAGUUUUUCGUCAGAUCAUUUCUACACUGGGGCAUUAUGAAUGGAUUUUAAACAGUUACAGUUUCUUUAAAAGCAUAACAAGUCAAGGGCACAUUUCAGGUUACACUUACACACUUCAGAGUUCAUGUGAUACAUUAUCACACCUUUUAAAAACAAAUGAAAGAAAAGGUUAGACAUCUUUGGAAAUGCACCAUUGUGCUGUCCCACUAGAGACUCUGGCAGGGAAAUCUGAUUGCAUUUAGACAGUCAGGCUCCUCUCAUACCAUAUUUCUACUCUUUGUGGCAUGCUAAGUUAGCUAGCUGCCAGUGGGAGCUUCAUAUAUUUUGCAAUACAGACCUUAUGUGGUGAAAAAGAAGUUGACAGAAUCUCCAAUACAACAUGGUGAAUUACUGUGGCAUUUAAAGUAAAUAAUGAGCUGUAUAUGUUAUAGGUGUGGAAACAUCUGGUAUGUGCUUUUUUACAGUGACCUGUUAAUCAAGAUGUCAUAGGUAUACAGAUUCUGGUCCAAAUAUGGUCACUUCUGGUUUAGAUAAAAAGAUGGUAAAGGCCAAAACGCCACAGUGAAGAUUUGAAAACUGAAGCUCACUCAUGAAUUGCGGAUGUUACCAUGACUGUUAAUACUUUCUAUCGUACAGACUGGAGACAGAUAAUCCACUUUAUACACCAGCAGUCAGCAUGAAGCAAAUUAGUAAUUUUUCUCAAAGUGUAAGAGGAAUUUUAUUGUGAUCAAACAAACAUGUUGUUUGUAGUGGAAGAACAAAAAUCCAUUAGCCCUGUAUAAAAGCACUGGGAAAUAAUUGAUUUUUUUGCAGAAGUGUGUUUCAUUCUGCUACAGUAGGUGGCGACAUGAAGCCCUUUUUUUUCUAAGCACCCUAAAUGCUAUAGAUUAUAUGAACAUCUAUAGUUUAGAGUAGUGGUUCUCAGCUGGUGGGUCAGGACUCAAAAGUGGGUUACAGUACUAUUUCCAUUGGGUUGCAAAGGUGUGUGAGGAAAAAAAAUGUGUGGAAGCCCAAAGUAGACACACAGUGCAUCCAUACAUUUUUUGAGGUUUCCUUUGAUGAGUAAAUUUUGUUCUCUCUCUUUUUUUUUAAAGAUUUUUAAGUCUAUUUUUUUUCAACUUAUAUUUUACCAGACAAAAAAAGUUUAUUUUCCCAAGAUAAUUAGAAAAUUCCUCAAGAACUUACCAAAUAUUCAUGCUGUAUUGGGAAAUGGAGUGAAAUAGAAUGCAUGCAUGCCCGUCCCUUUGUAAUGAUGGGCUUUGAAAACAUGUUUGAUUUAUCCUGUCUUUUCGUUCAGUCAUGUUUUCUUCAAGUUAGGAUCCAAAUGGCAAAAUUUACCAGGAAAUCGUUUGAGGGAGUAAACAUUUCUCAAACUUCAGGUCAUGAUUUCUCAUAAGGACCCACCACGGGUCUUGAUGCCCGACCAGUUGUGAACCACUGGUUUAGAGUCCUCAGAUAUUUGAGGGCUUUAUAACUGACAGAAGAGAUUUUAAUUAACAAACACAUCCACUCUUUCAAGAGUACAGUAUUGAAAAUGGAAGGUAAAAAAAAAAGUUAACAGUAUUUAUUCAUUUGAAACUAUCUACCAGCUGAACAGACUUUCACAUUUUUUGUAAGUCUGCUGUUAUGCAUGAACUCAGUAUUCAUCUUCUAAACAUAUUUAAAAUGCACUUAAAUGACAGUAUGUUAUUUACCUGUAAAUUAGUGCAGUGUAUGUUAGAUGUGCAAAUGAGGGAUUGUAUUUGUAGUUUAUUCACUAAAGACAACUGUGAGAAUUUUUUGAGAUUAAAAACACAUUUUAGUAGGUGUGAUGAUGCUGAUGAUUUUAUACAACGACACAGUGGCUUGUUUGACUGUUACUGCUAUUUAUAAAUGUACUGAAGGUUGAAAAGUCUUCUUUUACACAUUUUAAGACAGUGAAGCACAAAAAUAUAAUCUGGAAAAGUUUUCUGGCAUUUUUUUUAGUUGGCUUGUUUUUCCCUUUCUAUUUCACUGCAGUGUUUGUUAAUAUUGUGAACAAUUUGCUUGAAGAUUAGAACAUGUGAUAGUGAUGAGAUUGACUGUUACACCUUUGCACAUAUGCUGUUUCAUGAUCAAACACUUUUUUUUAAAACUUUUUUGUUAUUUACACAAUUUAGAGACUUUGUUUUCUUUGUUCUUUUCCUUGUGGCUGUUUUAUUCAUAUCUUCCAGAUGGUGGCAGUAUGUAUCUGUUUUUGAAUAAAUAUUGAUUUUAUAUUGCUUAGCCAUGUAGCAGAUGCAUUUGUUGCUUGCCAUUAUCAUUGGUUCAGAUAACUGGCAUGACUGUUGAUUCCCUUAUUCAAAUGAGGGAAAGGUACAUUUGGGUUUUGUUUAUUUAGUGAGGACAGUUUGUGAUACCGCUUCCUGCUCUGAUAGUUUUUAUCAUUUUACAUAAACUCUCAAGUUUGGUAUUUGCAACUCAACUCAAACUAAUAUGGAAUGCUUUUAUUGUAGUGGCAUUUUACAGGAUGUUGUGAAAGUUGACAAUUUGAUUUGUUGUUUUAAC